GUAGGUCUUGAAUUUCACUGAUCUCGAAACUGUAUUAGUUGGAGAGGGGUCGCAGUUGCUGAUUUUAUUGCUCCAUUCAAGACACAGACAGUUCUUUUGCAAUGCACAAAGUCCAGUGCCUACUAUAAGUAGCUAAGUUUCAUGCUUGAACUUUUCAUAUCACACCAAGUAACCUUUACUUUCAGAUAGAAACUUGGAUUUAUUUGUAUCAGAAAUGGGGGAAGAAACAAAAGGGUCUGAUCAGAAGGUGAUGCUGGUAAUAGAUGAAAACGAGUAUAGCUACUAUGCACUCAUGUGGGUGCUCGAAAAUUUCAAAGAAUCAGUCACAAAAUCGACUCUUGUCAUCUUCGCAGCACAGCCUCUUCCAAACUAUACUAAUGUAUUUGCAGCACCACUGGGUUUUGCUCGCAUGUAUUCUCCUAUGUCAACCACUCCCACUUUGAUUGAGUCUAUCCAAGAGCGAAAUAAGAAGGUUUCACUAGGCCUCCUGGAGAAAGCUAAGAGUAUCUGUGCUAGUCGAGGGAUAAAUGUGGAAACAUUUACAGAGGCAGGGGAUCCUAAAGAAACCAUAAGUGAUGCAGUCCAAAAGUACAAAAUCAAACUACUUGUUAUGGGUAGCCAUGCCAAUAGAACCGUUAAGAGGGCAUUUCAGGGGAGUUUGAGCAACUAUUUCAUAAAUAACGCCAAGUGUCCUGUUCUUGUAGUGAAGAAACCAGAAUAACAGAUACAAGGAAUCAGUUAUUUGUUAAUGGCAUGGAAUCUUGAGGUACUAACACCUAUAAGUUUGUUUGGCUUAUUAAAGCAAUCAGAUUGUAAGUUAUAUCAUGCAGCUACAGCAGAUAUUGCAAAUUAUAUAAAAUGAUGAUUUGCAGCCCGACAGGUUGAUAAAUGCUUGUAAUAUAUAUGCUCAAUAUUGGCUAUCAACUUUCUCUAUGUUCUUGAAUGUAAUGAAUGAAAUAUAAGACUGAUAGUCUCUUAAAUUGAA